AUGAUGUCUGUCUGGCUUAACUUGACCGCCGUUAGGCUGCAAUCGAGACGAAAAGACCGCGCAAAAAGAACCAUAUUAUCUUCCACCAUUAUAAUGCGCGUCCACAUGUUGAGCAUCUAUUUCUUUCGCAGUCUAUCUAUUUAUGUAUCUAUAUAUCUGACUAUCUCAGCUUUUAUAACCCUAUCUAUCUAUCUAUCUAUCUAUCUAUCUAUCUAUCUAUCUAUCUGUGAAAUGUUAUCUAUCCCCCUUUCUCUUAUUCUUACUCUUUCUAUAAACAUCUUCUUCUAUGAAGCCUCUUCUUUCUUUCCUCCUUUCCUGCCUUCAUUCAUUCCUUUUAUUCUUACUUUCUCUCUAAACAUCUUCCGCUAUGAAUUCUCUUCCUUCUUUUCUCUUAUUCUUACACUUUCUCUUCCCCUAUCAACCUCUUCUUUCUUUCCUCCUUUCCUGUCUUCAUUCAUUCCUUUUAUUCUUACUUUCUCUCUAAUCAUCUUCCGCUAUGAAUUCUCUUCCUUCUUUUCUCUUAUUCUUACACUUUCUCUUCCCCUAUCAACCUCUUCUUUCUUUCCUCCUUUCCUGCCUUCAUUCAUUCCUUUUAUUCUUACUUUCUCUCUAAUCAUCUUCCGCUAUGAAUUCUCUUCCUUCUUUUCUCUUAUUCUUACACUUUCUCUUCCCCUAUCAAGUAUCUAUCCCCUUUCUCUUAUUCUUACUCUUUCUAUAACCAUCUUCUUCUAUGAAGCCUCUUCUUUCUUUCCUCCUUUCCUGCCUUCAUUCAUUCCUUUUAUUCUUACUUUCUCUCUAAUCAUCUUCCGCUAUGAAUUCUCUUCCUUCUUUUCUCUUAUUCUUACACUUUCUCUUCCCCUAUCAACCUCUUCUUUCUUUCCUCCUUUCCUGCCUUCAUUCAUUCCUUUUAUUCUUACUUUCUCUCUAAUCAUCUUCCGCUAUGAAUUCUCUUCCUUCUUUUCUCUUAUUCUUACACUUUUCUUCCCUAUCAAGUAUCUAUCCCCUUUCUCUUAUUCUUACUCUUUCUAUAACCAUCUUCUUCUAUGA